AUGAGGGAGUACGACCAAGAUGAAUUUUAUAAAUUCUUCCGCAUGACUACUGACUGCUUCGACUGGCUUCUUGAGAAGGUGGGCCCUUUCAUGAGGAAAAGAUCCAACCGUAAAAGUGUCUCAGCAGGGGAGCGUCUGGCCAUCACACUGAGGUAUUUGGCGUCUGGAGACAGUGUGUCCUCUUUAUCGUACCUAUUCCGCCUCUCCAGUGAAGCCAUCUCCAAAAUUGUGACAGAGACCAGAGCCGUCAUAUGGUAUACUUUGAAGGCACUAGUAUUUGAAGAAAUCUCUGAACACUUUUGGAGGCAAAAGGCUGUUGAAUUUGAAGCAAUGUGGCAGUUUCUGAUGUGUGUUGGUGCUAUUGACGGAAAGAACUGCUCAUUCCAGAAAUUUCCCAUGCUUGGCUCUGAAUACUAUAAUUACAAAGGGACAAACAGCAUCGUUCUCUUUGCUAUUGCUGACGCAAAGUACAAGUUCAUUGUUGCUGAUGCUGGUGCCAAAGGCCGUGAGGGGGAUAGUGGAGUAUUCGACAGGUCAACAUUUGGAGAAAUGUUCUACAACCAUAGACUACGCCUGCCACCACUUGUGUACAAUAAGAAGAUGGACUGUCUGCUACCAUAUGUGUUUUUGGGAGAUGGUGCGUUUCCACUUGAUGAACACCUUAUGAAGCCAUUUGAACCAGAUGCUAGAGACGAGCUGCCUGGUAACCACGCCCUCUUCAACUACAGACUGUCCAGGGCAAGGAGAGUUGUAGAGAACGCCUUUGGAAUCCUCAGUGCAAGAUUCAGGAUCCUACGUCGAACUGCCAUUGUCAGUGAGACACUAGCCUGUAACAUUAUUUUGUCUACUUGUGCCCUCCACAACCUUCACCUCAUGAGGGAAGACAGCAUUCCACCCAAGCAACGUGUCUACCUUACACCUGGUUUCUCAGACACCUACAAGUCUAAUGGAAGAAUGAAGCAAGGCAGAUGA